ACAUCGUCCCACGCCAGUUUUCGUCUGGCUCUCCAGUUUUUUGUGGUUCACUUCGAGGACUUCAUGUGUCUUACUGUCUUCGCUCUCACUCUACACUUGACUCUGACGGUUGUUUGGACUUCUGCUGAAGGAACAUUUGUAGUGAAUGUGACACAGACGUCCUAUCAGGCAGAGGAGAACCACAACAUCACACUGGAAUGGACGUUCACAACCACAGCUGACACUCCCACAGACUCACUUUAUAUCUUCUGUGAGAUGAUAAAUGAUCACAAAGUCUCAGUCUUGUUUGAAAUACGUGGAGGUGUUGAGGUCCCAGAGUCUCGGGAUCAACAGUUUGUAGGACGAGUCCAGUGGGACAAAGACGUCCUCAGAGACGGACGACUCAGACUUCAUGUGUCCAGACUCAGGACUGAGGACUCAGGACGGUGUCGCUGUAAAGUGUGGAGGAAUAACAUCUUGAACUCCAGUGAUUGUUGGCUCAGCGUCUCUGCAGCGAGGGAUCAGCCCAAACCCGAGAGACCCAAAACAGCAAGUCGGGGAAUGAUCGGCCUCUAUUGUGUUCUGGGACUGAUAAUAGUGGUCAGUGUGUUGGUAAUUUGUUACUUUUUAAUUUUUCACAGUCAGUCUGAUAAGCAACAACUCGGCUCAGACUGUGGUGGAGGAUCUGAGGGAAUAGUUUGAUCAACAAAACUUAAUGAAACAGUUUUAUACGAUGGACAGAUCUAAACAGAGCAACAGACUUUGAGACAAUCAGGGAACCAGGGAGGAGAGGAGAGAGUUCCAGGAUGGGACUCAUGCUAAUCAAGCUCUAUUUUAAGGCUGCUCCAGGCUAACAGUCCAGAAAGGAAAUGGAGAAAUGGGGCUCAGGCUGGUUAAACUACGUUAAUCUGGGACAAUUGUGUCUCCACAGAGACCUGUCUCCACCACAACAUCACAGAUCAGGUUAUUGCACUAGACAGGUGGACUGAGUUGGAUGGAGAGUUGUGUUGGUUGUUUUUUACCUGAUGAGUCCAGUGGAGGAUUUGGGAAAAGUUCCAGCUCAGCAGGAUGGAUGGGGAUGAAGGUUCUCAGUCAUCCAGGUCCUGGUCAACCCUGCAACUCCCCUCCAGUUAGUCUGAACUGAAGAAGGCUCUUGGAUGAAAGGCGGAGCGUCUUCAAGGAGCAGAAACAAGUCCGGUUGUCAGCACUUUGUGUGACGCCAUGGACAAAGAAAAGACUUGUAAGGUAAUUACACUAUGUCAGGGCCAGCAGGUAACUAUAGCAACAACUGUGAUGCUGUGAACACACAUUACAAACAAUCCAUGUGAAAGUUACUGAUGGUUAAAACACAUCCUGCCUUUACAUUCUUCAGUGUCCAGAGUCAGAGGACACAACAAUGAUGGAGCUGACGGAGGAAACAUUGUUCUUCACCUUCAUGUUGUUCAUUAUUCUGACAGGACGUCUCAUCAAACUCUGUCUUUUAUUGGACUGAUCUGAAAUCUGCUCUUUGUCACUUUGUUGAAAUAAUCCUGAAAAGCAUGACUAUGAUGUAUACACAACAUUUAUAGUGUAUAUUUUAUCUUUUGUGUUUAUUUAAAUAAUAAAAUGUUAUAUUUUUAUAAA